CAAUAGGAUAUUGUAGAUGAUGAUACACAAAAUCGGAUUCAGCGAGUUACUAUUUCAAAUAUCGCUUAGCUGCUGUGUGAAUUGCAAUGACAUACAGAUGUUUUACAUGGCACUGAUUUUAAGUUUUUAUGUUUAAAAAAAAUAGAUUUUUUAAAAAGUGCAUAAUUAAUAAAUAGUAAACAUUUAUGCCAAUUUGAAAUCUGGAGCUGAAAAUGGUUGCCAGUAUAAAAACUGUGUUUCUGCUCGCUGGAUUGUGUAUGGCUUCUUUAUUUAUCUCGCUAUAUGAGGUGCAAGAGGUUAUGGAUGUACGUGCACUCCCAUUGCUCUCAAGUGGCAUAUCUUUCAGGAACAGGAUUAAGAUUAUGGAACUGAAUGACACGUCCGGGAGUACCCAGACAGCGCCAUCCCCUGUACUGGUACUCGUUCUAACGUACAUGAGAUCGGGAUCCAGUCUUACCGGGGAUAUACUGCAGCACAGUCCGGGGGCGUUCUUUGUUUAUGAACCAUUUAGGGCAAUUGGCCGCAGAAACACUUCGACAUAUACGAUUUCAUACGCAAACGGAACACAGAGGAAUCCACCGUUUUCUUUCAUCAAAGAAGCUUCAGAUGGCCUGUACAACUGGUUUACCUGUAAUCUCACACGGCUGCCGGUUAUAGGACUCGUCGACAAUUUUCUCAAAAAGGGUUUAAAGACUAGCAUGUUUCGACCCUGUCUAGAGGAGGAAUACCUAAGGACUAAACAUCACCUUAGAGCCUUACAGAUAUGUGUAAAAAAGCUGCAGUCUAUCUGCGAAGAUUCUCCGAUACGCAUCAUAAAGACCAUUCGACUGGAGUUCAGUAGUGUGAAGCAUUUGUUGGAAGAACUACCAAAUUUGAAAAUCGUGCAUUUGGUCCGUGAUCCACGUGCAACGCUUCUAUCGCAGUCUCGUUUUGGAGCGUGUAAAUCUAUAAGAGGAGGGUGGCAAGGAUGUGCUAAUAGACAUUGUAAAAGAUUAGAAAAUGAUGUUUUAGAAGUCGAGGGGCUAAUUAAAAAGUAUCCAAAUAGAAUUUUGCCUGUAAUGUACGAAAACAUUGCCAAACAUCCUCUGGAAACUUCAAAGAAAAUGUAUGAAUUUAUAGGAGCAGAUUUUACUUUUGAGGCAGAAACGUACAUUUAUAAUAUAACAAUGGCGGGUAAUGAAAAUAAUUGCGCAAUAUGUACAACACGUUCCAACUCUUCCGAGCACGUGGAUACAUGGAAACGCAAAAUGAAAAGAGACUUUUUAAGUACUGUAAAUGAGAGAUGCAAUUAUGUUUUGAAACGUUAUCAAUUCGACGAGUUUCCUGUUCAAUGAAAUAAGACUAAAUCAAGGUUGACAACAUAUCUGUACUUAAAACUACAUCUAAAACCAGUUCUUCGAAUGACCGUAAUAUGCAUGCUGAAGUGCGGAAAUUACCAUUUUUACGAUCUUCCAAUGUUACAACGUACACAACAUCCUUGGGUCGUACACUCCGGUGAAGCCUCCUGAAUGGUUGCCAUAGAAAGAUAACAUAUAGAAUUCCGUCUUGCUGGCCGUGGACAUGGCGGCGGAUCACAUAUAUUUUCAAUGCGUUUUUCACUUUUGUUAAAGUUAUCGAAUGAUCUGUAGAUCGUUCUACGUGAUUAACCUUUAGCCUGCUGGCAAGAGAUUCUGCCUUUGCGACCAGUGCAGACCAAGAUCAGCCUGCACAUCUAUGCAGGCUGAUCAUGGUCUGCACUGAUGGCUAUUCAGUCAGUAAAUUUUUUGAUAAACAUCCUUCAAUUAAUAAAUGGUAUUGCCCAGAAUCACGGACCAGUCCAUUUUAGAAAGUUAGCAGUCUAAAGGUUAAAAAUAGAAUUUCUUGCACGAAAAUUUCGUGGAGGUUGAUACGGGCAGACAUUAAGUCCUAUAAUUCUUACUAUGUGACUUCCAAACACUAGUCGUAAUAUUAAUUUACAUUCAAAUAGAAAAGCCAGAAAUGUCAUACUAAGGAGAGCGGUGGUCUACUUGUUAAGAUGUCGGGCGCGUUCACGAUCAUGCCUUCUCAUAAACAAGAGGGCCAUGAAGGCCCUGUAUCGCUCACCUGACCUAUUGACCUAAAGAUUAUCAAGAUUAACGAGCUGACCAAGUUUCAUUAAGAUAUGGUCAUAAAUGUGGUCUCUAAAGUGUUCACUAGCUUUUCCUUUGAUUUGAUUUGGUGACCUAGUUUUUGACCCAACAUGGUCCAGAUUCGAGCUUGACCUAAAGAUCAUCAAGAUUAAUAUUCUAACUAAGUUUCAUGAAGAUAAGUCAUAAAUGUGGCCUGUAGAGUGUUAACAAGGUUUUCCUUUGAUUUGAUCUAGAGACCUAGUUUUUGACCCCACCUGACCCAGAUUUGAACUUGACCUAUAGAUCAUCAAGAUCAACAUUCUGACCAAGUUUCAUUAAGAUAUGAUCAUAAAUGUGGCCUCUACAGUGUUAACUAGCUUUUCCUUUGAUUUGACCUGGUGACUUAGUUUUUUAUCCUACAUGACCCAGAUUUAAACUGGACCUCGAGACCAUCAAGAUUAACAUUCUAACCAAGAUUCAUGAAGAUAAAAUCAUAAAUGUGGCCUCUACAAUGUUAACAAGCUUUUCCUUUGAUUUGACCUAGUUUUUGACCCCAGAUGAUCCAGUAUCGAACUCGUCCAAGAUUUUUGAAUGAGGGUAACAUUCUGACCAAGUUUCAUUAAGAUUGGGCCAAAAUUGUGACCUCUAGGGUGUUAACAAGCUUUUCCUUUGAUUUGACCUGGUGACCUAGUUUUUAGAUGACCCAAUAUCGAACUCGUCCAAGAUUUUAUUGAGAGUAACAUUCUGAACAAGUUUCAUUAAGAUUUGGCGAAAAUUGUUACCUCUAGAGCUUUUUCCUUUAAUUUGACUUGGUGACCUAGUUUUUGACCCCAGAUGAUCCAAUAUCGAACUCGUCCAUGAUUUUAUUGAGGGUAACAUUCUGACCAAGUUUCAUUAAGACUUGACCGAAAUUGUGACCUCUUGAGUGUUAACAGUCAAAUUGUUGACGACGGACGACUGACGGACGGACGACGGACACAGGGUGAUCACAAAAGCUGAGCUAAAAAUCAGUACUGGUUUUUCCAGGAUUCGGACUCGAGAGUGGUUAAAAUAAUCUUGAAGCUUUCAUCAGUAUGAUGAGCUAAAAUAAAUUAGUAUAAACUAAAUGAGUAGAGUAUUUGAAUUUGACUAGCUGUACUGAUUUACUUUCCACUUUAAACAUGUAUUAUCAUAUUUACAUUAAGUAUCUUUAAAAGAUACACGUGUACAGACAUUACAUAAAAAACAAAAUAUUUCAAAAAACACUUUUCAUAGUCGUCAUACUUCAUCCAUGCGCAUUUUUGACAAAGUCAAAGACCAUAACUCAUGAGAUGCUGGUCAUAGCAGUAAACCAGGAUAUUAUAGCGAUUUAUAUUAUAUGGCUUCCUAUAUAACCCC